CCCGUUCCGGCUCCGGCCCGCAUCCCGGCCCUGCUCCAACCCCGCAUCCCGGCCUUCCCCCGCCCCGCGCGGCCCGGUAGAAGCGGCGAAGCGGGCUGCGUUGCGGGGACCGGGGCAGGGACGAAAUCAGGGCGUCUCAGCGUCCGGGCCGGAGGACGGAGCCCGGAGCCCAGGCCGCAGCCGGACAUGUACGGCGUGUGCGGCUGCUGCGGAGCCCUGCGCCCCCGCUACAAGAGACUGGUGGACAACAUCUUCCCCGAGGACCCCGAGGACGGACUCGUGAAGAGCAACAUGGAGAAGCUGACCUUCUACGCCCUCUCGGCCCCGGAGAAGCUGGACCGCAUCGGGGCCUACUUGUCUGAGCGGCUGAUCCGGGACGUGAGCCGCCACCGUUAUGGGUAUGUGUGUAUCGCCAUGGAGGCGCUGGACCAGCUGCUCAUGGCCUGUCACUGCCAAAGCAUCAACCUCUUCGUGGAGAGCUUCCUCAAGAUGGUGGCCAAGCUGCUGGAGUCCGAGAAACCCAACCUGCAGAUCCUCGGCACCAACUCGUUUGUGAAGUUUGCCAACAUCGAGGAGGACACCCCUUCCUACCACCGCAGCUAUGACUUCUUUGUGUCCCGGUUCAGUGAGAUGUGCCAUUCCGGACAUGAUGACCUGGAGAUCAAGACCAAGAUUCGCAUGUCCGGCAUCAAGGGGCUUCAGGGCGUGGUCCGCAAAACCGUCAAGGACGAGUUGCAGGCCAACAUCUGGGACCCGCAGCACAUGGACAAGAUCGUGCCGUCCUUGCUCUUCAACCUGCAGUACGUGGAGGAGAUGGAGAGCCGGGCCCCGUCGCCCCUGCAGGCCACCGAGAAGGAGAGCCCGGCGGAGCUGGCCGACCGCUGCCUGCGGGAACUCCUGGGUCGGGCCGCCUACGGCAACAUCAAAAACGCCAUCAAGCCGGUCCUCAUCCACCUGGACAACCAUUCUCUGUGGGAGCCCAAGGUGUUCGCCAUCCGGUGCUUCAAGAUCAUAAUGUACUCCAUCCAGCCCCAGCACUCCCACCUGGUGAUCCAGCAGCUGUUGAGCCACCUGGACGCCAACAGCCGCAGCGCGGCCACCGUCCGAGCCGGCAUCGUGGAAGUCCUGGCCCAGGCGGCUGUAAUCGCCUCCACCGGCUCCGUCGGCCCCACCGUGCUGGAGAUGUUUAAUACGCUGCUGCGGCAGCUGCGACUCAGCAUCGAGUACGCGCUGACGGGCAGCUACGAUGGGGCGGCCAGCGCGGGCACCAAGAUCAAGGAGCACGAGGAACGCAUGUUCCAGGAAGCCGUCAUAAAGACCACCGGCUCCUUCGCCAGCGCACUGCCCACCUACCAGCGCUCCGAGGUGAUGCUGUUCAUCAUGGGGAAGGUGCCGCUGCCCUCCCUUCACCAUCCCCUGGAGGCCGGGAGGACCGGGGAAAACAGGAAUCGGCUCACCCAGGUCAUGCUGCUCAAGUCGCUCCUCCAGGUCUCCACAGGCUUCCAGUGCAGCAACAUGUUGACGGCUCUGCCUAGCUCCUUCCUGGACCGGCUCCUGUCUGCCGCGCUCAUGGAGGAUGCUGAGAUUCGCCUCUUUGUCCUGGAGAUCUUGAUCAGUUUCAUCGAUCGCCAUGGCAACCGGCGCAAAUUUUCCUCCAUCAGCACUCUCAGUGACAUCUCAGUUCUGAAGCUGAAGGUGGAAAAAUGCUCACGGCAGGACACGGUGUUCAUGAAGAAGCAUUCCCAGCAGCUGUACCGACACAUCUAUCUGAGCUGCAAGGAGGAAACCAACGCGCAGACACACUACGAGGCUCUCUACGGGCUGCUGGCGCUCAUCAGCAUCGAGCUGGCUAACGAGGAGGUGCUCGUCGACCUGAUCCGCCUGGUGCUGGCCAUGCAGGACCUGGCGCAGGUCAACGAGGCCAACCUCCCCACCUACAACCGCUGUGCCCUGCACGCCCUGGGUGCCGCGUACCUGAACCUCAUCAGCCAGCUCACCACCGUGCCCGCCUUCUGCCAGCACAUCCACGAGGUUAUCGAGACCAGACAGAAGGAGGCGCCCUACCUGCUCCCAGAGGAUGUGUUUGUGGAGAGACCCAGGUUGUCCCGGAGCCUGGACCGUGUGGUGACUGAGGUCCUCUUCCGCCAAAGCAAGAUCAGCGAGGUCCUGGGGGGCAGCGGCUACAACUCGGACCGACUCUGCACCCCCUACACUCCCCAGCUCACAGAUGAGGAUCGAUUGUCUAAGAGGAAGAGCAUCGGGGAGACCAUUUCCCUGCAGGUGGAGGUGGAGUCUAGGAACAGCCCGGAAAAAGAGGCUAGGGCACCAGCUGAGGAGAUCACCUUCGAGACACUGAAGAAAGCCAUCGUGGACAGCGUGGCGGUGGAGGAGCGGGAGCGGGAGAGGCGGCGGCAAGUGGUGGAGAAAUUCCAGAAGGCGCCCUUCGAGGAGAUCGCGGCCCACUGCGGGGCCCGGGCCUCCCUGCUGCAGAGCAAACUCAACCAGAUCUUCGAGAUCACCAUCCGGCCGCCCCCGAGCCCGUCGGGCACCAUCACCGCCGCCUACGGGCAGCCGCAGAGCCACUCCGUCCCCGUCUACGAGAUGAAGUUCCCGGAUCUGUGCGUGUACUGAGCGGGGAAGGGGCUCCGGGUGCACGACCGAUCCCUCCUGCUCGCCCGCCCCGGCCAGGGCCCAAACUGGGCUCUCUGGAGCGAAGCGGCUCUGGCAGCCGCACCUUCCGAAGGAUAAGGACCGUCACCUCCUUCUCAACCUCUGCUCCCCACCGCAGAGACCACCGGGCUGGGGAGGGGAAUGGGUGGCAGGGAGGUUGACUCAGGGCCCUGAGGCCAGAGUCAGGGGGGUGGCAUCGGAGACCUGGGUAUGGGAGAGGGGAGGGCAGACUAGGCCCACAGCUCUGACUCAAAGUCUCGCUGCCCAAGGGUGCCCUCCCGUCCCCUUCCCUACUUCCAGCCCCCAACCCUGCCCCCCACAGAGUGGGAUGAUGGGGAGGGGGCGGGUCGGGAGUGAGGAACACAGCUAAAGAGGAUGGGAGGGGUUGGUUAGAGGACCAGAUUGGGGUAAUCAAGCCCCAGUGACGACAGAAGGACCUGGGCCGGAGCUGCCUGCCCAGGUAUCUUUGGCCAGGGCCUUCCCCUCCCCCUCCCCCCACAUUGGCGACCCCUUCGCCACUGGAAUGGGGGAUGGGAGGUGGCAGCUUCCCCACUUCAACCCAGCGGAUCAUGGAAUUGGACACUGGAGGUGCGGAGGCACGUACGCGUGCAAAUAUGAAGUGUGGGCCUGCGGGCACGGCCAGGGGGG